AUGAAAACGAUCGCGGUUUUCGUUUUGUUUACAGCGGUGUUCGCUUUACACGCAUUUCCUGAAUCUCGCGCAUUUAAACACGUUAAUGAUGCCAAAUUAUGGAUGAAUGACGAAGACCAAGAACCAGUCUUCGUUGAUGUUUCAAGUCCAGUCGAUAGUAAUACACUGAACGCAAAAAAUGGAGCGAAUAAUGCUUAUUGGUUAUUUACUAGGAGAAACCGUGAUAACCCACAACUGUUGGUUCACGGCGAUGCCAACUCGAUAUCAAACUCCUUUUACAAUCCCAAUCUGCCGCUGAAGGUACUCGUGCAUGGCUGGACGGGAGGACUUCACUCGCGAAUGGUACCAAAAAUCAAAGGAGCAUUCCUCGAUGUAGCCGAUGUUAACGUAAUUUUGGUCGAUUGGAAUGCUUUAGCGGGAGAAAAUUAUAUCACUGCUUCGUUUGGGGUACCGAGCGUCGGACAAUACUUAGGACGAUUUCUGACGUGGCUGAUCAAUACUAGAGGUGGUAACUGGAAUACGAUGCAUUUGGUUGGAUACAGUUUGGGGGCGCAUGUUGUCGGUUUCGCUGGUAGGCAGGAAGGUGGCAGAGCACGAAGGGUCACUGGUCUCGACCCGGCUGGAAUUAUGUGGAACGGAAAUUCUGACGCACUGAACAGAUAUGCUGGCCAAUACGUCGAAGUCAUACAUACUAACACAAAUUUAAUGGGAAUCAAAGAUGCCAACGCUCACACGGAUUUUUAUCCCAACGGCGGUGGUUUCCAACCAGGGUGUGACACGGACAAAUGUUCUCACAGCCGAGCUUGGGAUCUGUAUACGUCCAGCAUAUAUACCAAUCACUUCGUUGGUCGCCAGUGCGCGAAUUUAAAUCAGGCGUUUAACAACCAAUGCACUGGAAAUAGGCUAUCUAUGGGAAAUGGAAUUCUUAAUAAAAAUGGAAAUGGAAUCUACGGUCUAUUAACUGGAAAUUCUUGGCCUUACUAA